CGCCCACAUCCUGCUGCUGGCAGGACAUCGCCAUCAUGGAUAUGUUCCUCAACCUCGACCUGCUGUCCUUGGUCACCAAGGUCAGCGCCGAGCUUCAAAAUCACGUUGGCGUCAGCGAUAGGACUCUUGCCGAGUUCCUCAUCGCGCAGCGCGUUGAGAGCAAGUCCUCCGAUGAGUUUCGUAAGAAGCUCGACGGCAUCGGUGCCGACUUCCCCCCGAGUUUGGUCGACAGUCUGGAUCGCCUCGUAGUCUCUCUGCAUCCCAAGUUCAAGAAACCCGACGGCGAAGCUGCCGCAAACGGCGUGGAAGAGCAUCACCACAGCCGCACGCUGCAGGAGAAGGAGAAGAUUUUCAGCGGCCUGUCGCUGCCAGACAGAAAGGUUGAGAACGACGAGGCCGAUGCCAUUGACGACACUCUGGCCCUGCUUGAGGGCUUGGAUGGGAGAGCCAGCAAAUCGAAACCGACAAGGAAACGAAGCCGCAGCCCGGAGGACGACCCGAAAGAGUCGAGGCGACGGAGGCGCGACCGGUCACGAUCACGAGAGAGGCGCAAGAAGGACAGGCAUCGGUCACGGUCGCGCUCGCAAGAUCGAGGCGAUGAGGACUGGCGAGAUGGAUUUCGCGACUCACAGAAAGAUAAGAGAGGACGAAGGCGGCACGACGAUGACGAACGCCACGACCGACACGACCGACUCGAUAAACCGCCCGAACCCGAAGUCGACGAAACACCGCAAAUGCACAAGAUCUAUGAGGGACAUGUCACAGGGCUCAAAGAUUUUGGCGCCUUUGUCAACCUGCAUCAUGUUCGAGGCAAGGUUGACGGCCUGGUUCACAUUUCUCGACUAGCUGCUGGUCAGCGCGUCAACCAUCCCUCAGAUUUGCUUUCAAAGGGGCAGCAGGUGUUCGUCAAAAUUACGAGUAUCGAGGGCCAGAGGAUCGGCCUAUCCAUGAAGGAUGUGGAUCAGCAAACCGGAAUGGAUCUCGAGCCUCAAGCCAGGUUUUCGACCGGUGCGAAUAUGGAAGCUCUUGGCGGCGGCGCGAGGAAUGGGUUCGCGCCCGAGCCUGCUGCGAUGCCGCGCGACACGCUCGGGCCCCCGAAACGCCACAAGAAGCGCAUGACUUCUCCAGAAAGGUGGGAAAUUCGGCAGCUCAUCGCGUCCGGCGUGGCCAAGGCAUCCGAUUACCCUGACUUGGAAGAGGAUUACAAUGCCACACUGCGUGGAGACGGCGACUUGGAGCUGGAGGAAGAUGUGGACAUCGAAGUGCGAGAAGAAGAGCCGCCGUUCCUUGCGGGCCAGACGAAGCAGUCUCUCGAGCUGUCUCCGAUCCGAGUCGUCAAGGCGCCCGAUGGGUCCAUGAACCGAGCGGCCAUGUCUGGGACGAACCUUGCAAAGGAGAGAAAAGAGUUGAAACAGCAAGAAGCCGACGCGGCAGCGAAGGAGGAACCCAAAGAGAACCUCGCAGCGCAGUGGCAUGACCCCAUGGCGGACCCUGACAAACGCAAGUUUGCCAGUGAUUUGCGAAGCGCCAGGCACAAUGUCAAGAAUGAAGAGGCGCCUGAGUGGAAACAGGUCGUCAUCCCCAAGGGUCAGCCGCUGGGCAAGAGAACCUCACUAAGUAUAAAAGAGCAGCGAGAGUCGCUGCCUGUUUAUGCGUUUCGCAACCAGCUGAUCAAAGCUGUUCGGGAAAACCAGAUUUUGAUUGUUGUUGGCGAGACCGGCUCAGGCAAGACGACUCAGCUCACGCAGUACUUGGCAGAAGCGGGCUUUGCCAAUAAUGGAAUCAUCGGAUGCACCCAACCCCGUCGUGUCGCCGCCAUGUCCGUGGCUAAGCGUGUGGCCGAGGAAGUUGGGUGCAAGCUGGGCGAGGACGUCGGCUACCUUAUCCGGUUUGAGGAUUGCACGAGUCCAUCCACCAAAAUCAAGUACAUGACGGACGGCAUGCUGCAGCGAGAGAUUCUAAUGGAUCCUGAUAUGAGGCGGUAUUCAUGCAUUAUGCUUGACGAGGCCCACGAGCGCACCAUUGCGACGGAUGUGCUGUUCGCCCUCCUCAAGAAGGCACUUAGGCAUAGGCCUGACCUCAAGGUUAUCGUCACCUCCGCUACUCUCGACGCCGACAAGUUCUCAGCAUAUUUCAACGAGUGUCCGAUUUUCACUAUUCCCGGACGAACGUUCCCCGUCGAGAUUCUAUACUCGCGCGAGCCGGAAUCCGACUAUCUGGAUGCAGCCCUCGUCACGGUGAUGCAAAUACACCUGACGGAGCCCAAGGGUGACAUCCUACUCUUUUUGACGGGACAGGAAGAAAUCGAUACGUCUUGCGAGAUUCUGUUUGAGCGAAUGAAAGCUCUGGGACCAAGCGUUCCUGACCUCAUCAUUCUGCCUGUUUAUUCGCAACUACCUACGGAGAUGCAGAGUCGCAUCUUUGAUCCAGCGCCUCCGGGCAGCCGCAAGGUGGUGAUUGCGACCAAUAUCGCCGAAACGUCCAUCACGAUUGACGAGAUUUAUUAUGUCGUGGACCCGGGUUUUGUCAAGCAGAACGCCUACGAUCCGAAGCUAGGCAUGGACUCCCUAGUCGUGACGCCUAUCUCCCAGGCCCAAGCAAACCAGCGAGCCGGCCGAGCCGGCCGCACAGGCCCUGGCAAAUGCUUCCGCUUGUAUACUGAAGCAGCGUACCAGUCCGAGAUGCUUCCGACCACGAUCCCCGAGAUCCAAAGACAGAAUUUGGCGCAUACGAUUCUAAUGCUCAAAGCCAUGGGCAUCAACGACUUGCUGCAUUUCGACUUCAUGGACCCGCCGCCAAUCAAUACAAUGCUGACAGCCUUGGAGGAGCUCUACGCCCUGAGCGCCUUGGACGAUGAAGGGCUGCUUACACGCUUAGGCAGAAAGAUGGCCGAUUUUCCCAUGGAGCCUUCGCUCGCCAAGGUGCUCAUCGCGGCGGUGGAUUAUCAGUGUUCCGACGAGAUGCUCAGCAUUGUGGCCAUGCUCAACCUGCCCAACGUUUUCUACCGGCCCAAGGAGAAGCAGCAGCAAGCCGACCAGAAGAAGUCCAAGUUCCACGACCCGCACGGCGACCACCUCACGCUACUCAACGUGUACAACUCGUGGAAGCACAGCGGCUACUCCAACCCGUGGUGCUUCGAGAACUUCAUUCAGGCGCGCUCAAUGCGCCGUGCAAAAGACGUACGCGACCAGCUCCUCAAGAUCAUGGACCGGUACCGCCACCCCGUCGUGACGUGCGGCCGCGAUACCCAAAAGGUCCGCCGGGCGCUCUGCACGGGCUUCUUCCGCAACGCCGCCCGCAAGGACCCGCAGGAGGGCUACAAGACGCUCACCGAGGGUACGCCCGUCUAUCUGCACCCGUCGUCGGCGCUCUUCGGCAAGCAGGCCGAGUGGGUCGUCUACCAUACCCUCGUCAUGACCACCAAGGAGUACAUGCACUGCACCACCAGCAUCGAGCCCAAGUGGCUCGUCGAGGCAGCCCCUACCUUCUUCAAGGUGGCGCCCUCGGACAAGCUCAGCAAGAGGCGACAGCAGGAGAGGAUCCAGCCGCUGUACAACAAGUUCGCUGGCGAGGACGACUGGCGGCUCAGCGCCCAGCGGAGGGGCGGCAGGGGUGGCGGCGGCGGCGGCACUUGGGGCUAAGGGGAAGUGCGCCCCCUAUGAGAGGUACAGUGUUAAAGCUGGGGAGGCGUAUGGCGGGUUGGCCUUGUACUUCGACCGGUGGCUACGGGUGGCGGCGGCAUUACCUGGCGUUUGGGUGCCCUGGACAGGGCUGGUGUAUUUUAGACGAGGACCUCAUGGCGGGACCCCAUGAUGGGUUGCUCAGUUGAAACUAGCACGGGCUCAAGAAACAUUUGGGAUGACCUGCAGUUCUAGUACGGCCAUUUUAUGCGACAUGGUUAUGUAACAUUCGCGAACUGUACAAAUGCGCACGCACGUUAUCCUACAUGAAUACACGAGUAGACG